AUGGCGGGCGGCGAUGAGAAGCGGCGCCUGCUGAGCGAGGGCAGCAGCGGCGGGCGCUGCGUGGGGAAGGACGGACGGGACGGACGGAGCGCGGAGCACGGACGGGAGCCCGCGCUGGAGCUGGGCACGCGGCGUGGGCAGCACUGCCACUCGCGGGGGCGCGGCGCCCACCCCGGGCAGCAGCAGCGGGCACGGAGGAAGCUCUACCUGGCGGCUGCCAUCUGCCUCUUCUUCAUGCUGGGGGAGGCCGUGGGCGGGUACCUGGCACACAGCCUGGCCAUCCUGACGGACGCUGCCCACCUGCUGACGGACUUUGCCAGCAUCAUGAUCAGCCUCUUUGCCCUCUGGGUGUCCUCACGGCCCCCCACCAAAACCAUGAACUUCGGCUGGCACCGGGCAGAGAUCCUGGGGGCUCUGCUCUCCGUGCUCUCCAUCUGGGUGGUGACGGGGGUCCUGGUGUACCUGGGGGCGCAGCGCCUGCUCUCGGGGGACUACGACAUCGAGGGUGGGGUCAUGCUCAUCACCUCCGCCUGCGCCGUGGCCGUCAACAUCGUGAUGGGGCUGGCCCUGCACCAGACGGGCCACGGGCACAGCCACGGGGCGGGCGGCGAGCAGCCCAACGCCAGCGUCCGAGCCGCCUUCGUGCACGUCCUGGGGGACCUGCUGCAGAGCCUCGGCGUGCUCAUCGCCUCCUACAUCAUCUUCUUCAAGCCCGAGUACAAGUACGUGGAUCCCAUCUGCACCUUCCUGUUCUCGGCGCUGGUGCUGGGCACGACGCUGACCAUCCUGCGGGACGUGCUGCUGGUCCUCAUGGAGGGGACCCCCAAGGGGAUGGAUUUCAACGCCGUGCGGGACACGCUGCUGGCCGUGCGGGGCGUGGAGGCCGUGCACAGCCUGCACAUCUGGGCGCUGACCGCGGCACAGCCACUGCUGUCCGUGCACAUCGCCAUCAACGCGGCCGCCAGCGCGCAGGAGGUGCUGGAGGAGGCGAGCUCGCGGCUGCAGGGCGCCUUCCGCUUCCACAGCACCACCAUCCAGGUGGAGAGCUACUCCGAGGAGAUGCGGGACUGCCGGGAGUGCCAGCCCCCCCGCGACUGA